GGCGACAGCGCUGGACGGGGACUGGUCUGCCUCCGCCUGCCGGUCGGUCGGUCGUUGGAUGGAGGGUCCCGUCCGCCUCGCCUGCUCUCUCUGGAAUGCGCCGGGGAGCGGCUGCCGCCGAGGGGGAGCGAGGACUCUAUGGGCGCAGGCAGCGCCGCUGCUGAGGGGCUCCUCAGUGACUCUGAUUAGCCUAGAGCUCUUUGCCAUCAAGCCUUCUAACCUAACACUAUGCAGCCUGAUCUUGGCCCUUUACAAGAACUGCUUUUGCUUAUGAUUUUCUUCUCAACUUCAGCUUCAGACUUGAUUCCUCACUUCAUUUCUGAGCCCCUUUCUACUAUCCAGAAGCCAGGUGCAACUGUAGAACUUCACUGUUCUGCUGAACCCUCUACAGCUCAUGUUUCUUGGCUAUUCAAUGGACAGAAACUGCAUAAGAAUAUUGAACAAGUAGUCACACUGCCAGGAUCCCUGACAAUCUUCUCUCUUAGUCCAUCAAAUUCUGGUGUCUAUCAGUGCAUUGCCAACAACAGCAUUGGUGCCAUUAUCAGCAGACCUGCAACAGUGUCUAUAGCCUAUCUUGAUGAUUUUGAAACUUCGCAGAGAAGCACAGUUAUAGUAGAAGAAGGAAAUACUGCUUUAAUUCAUUGCAAACUACCAAAAAGUAAUCCAGACGUACAAGUGCGUUUCCGUGUGCGGGGGAAAUGGCUGGAACAAUCAACAGAAAACUAUUUAAUUCUCCCUUCUGGAAAUCUACAAAUUUUGAAUGUAUCUUUAGAUGACAAAGGAGUUUAUAAGUGUGCAGCAUAUAAUCCAGUCACUGAUGAUCUCAAACUUGAACCUUCUGGACAUAAGAUCAUAAUCAGCAGCUCUUCCUCAGAGGAUUUUCAUAUAAUUCAUCCUACCAGUUCUCAGGCUUUGGCAGUACCUCGGUACAAUCCUCUGAUGUUGGAAUGUGUUGUUAGUGGACUGCCUGCAUCACAUGUCCACUGGUAUAAAGAUGGUAAAGAUGCACUUGGGAGAGGCAGGUGGCGCAUAUUUCACUCCCACCUUACAAUUGACUCAGUUGAUACAUCAGAUGCUGGAAAUUACUCCUGUGUGGUCGAUAAUGAGUCUGGAACUGUAAAACAUGUGAACUACAGUGUAAAUGUACUUGAACCUGCUCAGAUUUCAAAAGGAUUGCAGGAUCAAUUAAUAACUCUAGGUAAAAAUGUUCAUCUUUCCUGUGAAAUACAUGGAAGCCCGAUACCUGAUGUCACCUGGUACCAUAAUGCAGCCCCUAUCUACCUUUCUUCAAGACACUUGCCUUCGGGAAACAAAUUGAGCAUUGCUGAUGUCAACAGAGAAGACACAGGGUUGUAUCAGUGUCUAGUAAACAACAGUAUUGGAUUUGUGCAGUCUACUGGGAGACUUCAUUCUCAAGCAGAUAGAGGUUCCAAACCAAUUAUAACCUCAUUGCCGCGAAGCUCCAAAGUGACAGAUGGUGAUACAUUCAUGCUAUCCUGCAAUGCUACUGGACUGCCCACUCCUGUAAUCCGUUGGUACAAUAACCAUGGGCUGAUUACUAGCCAUCCUUCACAGGUGCUUUAUUCAAAAUCACGGAAAUUAUCCUCCCAAGCAAAAACUGGGAACUCCAUUUCAGACAGAGGCUACUUCAUCAUGUCUCGAGGUGGAUCAAGCUCCCUCUAUGUCCAGCCUGUUACAGAAGAGCACACUGGGAAGUACAUCUGUGAAGCAACCAAUGAACAUGGGUUUGCUCGUUCAGUGACUUUCCUUACAGUUAUUCCCUAUGAAACUAGUACAAAAGCAGAAGAAAUUGCUCCUGUGGAAUUUACUCAGAGCGAUGAAGGAGGUGGAGAUCAUGAUUCUGAAAUGGGCCUUGAAAGCUCAUCUCCAACAGAGGUUCUUACUGAUGAAGUUGCUACAGAAAAAACAUCCAGUGGCAUUUCCCCACCAGAAGCUCCAAUAAUUCUGAGUCCUCCACAGACACUUAAACCAGACCAAUACAAUCUGGUGUGGAGGCCUGGAAAAGAUGGUGGCCAGCCGAUUAAAGCCUAUUUUGUGAAAUAUCGCAAGUUGGAUGAUACUCUCAAUUUUACCAACUGGAAUACAAUUCGUGUCCCUGGAAGUGAAAAUGAACUUUGCCUCUCAGAAUUGGAACCGUCCAGUCUCUAUGAGGUCUUGAUGGUAGCCCGAAAUAUGGCAGGGGAAGGUCAGCCUUCCAUGCUCACUUUCCGUACUAGCAAAGAAAGAUCCUCAACUUCAAAGAACACACAGGGCCCCUCUCAACCAGUUGGCGUUCCUAAGCACUCUGUUAUUCAGGAAGGUUCAACCAACAACUUUGGUGUCGUCCUUCCAGAUUCUUCUCGGCAUAGUGGAGUACCUGAGGCACCAGAUCGACCGACUAUCUCCACUGCAUCUGAGAAUUCUGUCUAUGUCACUUGGAUCCCACGUGCAAAUGGUGGCUCACCUAUUACUGCCUUCAAAGUAGAAUAUAAACGCAUGAAUAGGAACAGUGAGUGGCUGGUUGCAGCUGAUAACAUCCCCCCUUCUAAACUUUCAGUGGAAGUCCGCAAUUUGGAUCCAGGAGCCUUAUACAAGUUUCGUGUGAUUGCUGUUAACAAUUAUGGGGAGAGUCCACGAAGUUCUGCCUCUCGGCCUUAUCUAGUAGCUGGCUUUACCAACCGAUUUUCCAACCGUCCCAUCACAGGACCUCAUAUUGCUUAUACUGAGGCAGUCAGUGACACUCAGAUCAUGUUAAAAUGGACUUAUAUUACUUCAAGUAAUAACAACACACCCAUCCAAGGAUUUUAUAUCUAUUAUCGUCCAACAGAUAGUGACAAUGACAGUGAUUACAAGAGGGACGUUGUGGAAGGCACAAAGCAGUGGCACUUGAUAAGCCAUCUCCAACCUGAAACAUCAUAUGAUAUUAAAAUGCAGUGCUAUAAUGAAGGAGGUGAAAGUGACUAUAGCAAUGUGAUGAUAUGUGAGACUAAAGUGAAGCGGACACCUGGAGCUUCAGAAUACCCAAUGAAGGACCUUAGUACACCACCUAAUUCUCCUGAUCGUGGAGCUGGGAGCAGUUCUGGUCAGCCGAAUGGUCCUGUCCGGAGUAGCGACAUGCUGUACCUGAUUGUGGGCUGUGUCCUUGGAGUGAUGGUUCUUAUUCUGAUAGUCUUCAUAGCCAUGUGCUUAUGGAAGAACCGACAGCAAAAUGUCAUGCAGAAAUAUGAUCCUCCUGGUUACCUUUACCAAGGUGGUGAUAUCAGUGGACAAAUGGUUGAAUAUACUACAUUACCAGGCAUGAGCCGUAUCAAUGGCAACGUACAUGGGAAUUUCAUCAGCAAUGGAAACCAUAGCAAUGGUUGCCUUCACCUCCAUCACAAGGUUCCUAAUGGAAUUAACGGGAUCAUGAAUGGUGUUGUGAAUGGAGGAAAUGGUGUUUAUCCAGGGCACACUAAUUCCUUGUCCAGAGCACACGUGGAGUAUGAACACACCCACCACCUAGGAAAUGGUGGUGAAGUAUACACAGCGGUACCGCAGACAGACCCUUCAGAGUGUGCUAACUGCCGGAACUGUCGAAACAACAACAGGUGUUUCACUAAGACCAGUGGCAGUUUUGGCAGCAACACUGUACCUGUGAUGCCCAUCUUAGCACCUUUUCAGCAAGAUGGUUUAGAAAUGAAACCAUUGAAUCAUGUCAUGGUCACCAUGUGCUUGGCAUCCACAGUCCCUGAAUGCAGUGUUGAGACAGAAGAAGAAUGCGAAGAGAAAGUGGAGCCCCCAUCCCCUGAGGACUCAUGUUGCCAAGAAAAUGUGAAUCCACUCAGUAAAGACUGUAUAGAAGAUAACAGCACGCAAUUGGAAACAUCCAAUCAUGUGUUGAGUUGGAGCCCCCUCAUUCUUCAGCCUCUUUCAAAAGGCUGUGAAGAAAAGACAGAAGGACUUUCGAAUGGAAUUACAUUGGACAGUUUGAGGGGCCUACAACAGCUCCAAAUACAAGAGACUUAAGGAAGUGAUCAGCCUCCCUCUUGAUCCCACUUAAAGCCAGUAACUGCAUAGCAGAGUUGCUGAAAGGGACUGACAACAGGAUAUUAAUUAUAAGAAUUGCUAUUUAUUUUUUUGCCGUGGUGUCAUAUGAAUGUAUGUUUUCAAAAUCCUUAGACUUUUUAAAUAUUAUUUAUGCCUUGAGAAAUUCUUACCCAUCCUUCCCAAGGUGAAAUCAUCCUGACUAUCUAAAGGUGUGUAGGAAAUAUAUAAGGAAUGUAUCAGAGUGUCUUUCAUGGACACUUAUUGGAAAAAUACAGUUGCAGUGUAGUGCACGCGUUUGCCUGUGGCUUAUAAUUUUCAGUUCCGAGAAUAAAGUGGGAUGGUCCAGUGGAAGAUGAACUAGAACAGUUCUAUCAUUUUAACUAUCAUAUUACUGAAUAUUCCUGAAAUAACUAUAUUCUAAAUUCUCAGCCACCUAAAAUGAAAUAGAUGAGUUUGCAGCGGCACUAUUUCAAUCUUCAUUUAUUCAGAUACCCAGCAGUUCUCAGUCCUUGGGGAAAACUGAACAUAGCAGCUCUGCAGUUUGGCUUUCUUGGAUGAAGGUAGAACUCAGGCUGAGAACUGCAUAACAUGCUGUUUCCAUGGUGAUGACUUGCACAAAAUAGGCAAUAUUGCUGAAGGCAUCACUGAGAUAUAUAAAUAGCUCUUAGCUUGCUAGAGUUGACUGUGGGCAUUCUGUCCCAGUUCCUGUUGUUGCCACUUGAGACAUUUCAGUGUGUCUCCUAUAGCUAUGGUUGAUUUAUACUUUUCUAAUAAUAUAAUGUAGAAUGCUUCAUACACAAAAAAAAACCACAGGAGAGUAAUGGGAAUUUUUUUAAAAAA